UACUUUUUGCUUCACUAUAAUGAAUUGGACGAAAUAGAAGUCUUAUGUACCAGAUUAAUUAUAUGACGUAUGAUCGCAUAGAGUGCGAAUUAUACAAGGACCACACAUCAUAUGCACAAAUCUUAACCUUUUCUUGCACUUGCGUCGCUAAAAAAAGGUUUAUUCACUUUCAUUGUACACAACUGCACAUGUGUCACCUACCUGCACAGCGAAAGCGCAGCCCGCGCAGUCUUGCUUCGAUUGGCAUUUGGCAAUAAGCCUGCCAGCGGCAUGCACCAAGAUUAGGCCAUGGGAUGGACAUAGGCAUUCUGCAGACUAGCAACAAGUGCUUACGUCUUCCUCGUCCCAAAGCGUACCAGUACUUGCUUUUCGACGCUUACGCUCGACAGAAGCACUGCGACGGAGUUUAAAUUUUACAGUUAUCUUUUCCUGCUGUAACAAUGGCAAAAGCAAAAACUCCAAAACCGAAAUCAAAAGAGAAAGGCAAAUCAGCCCCAAAGAAGGGAAAAUCCGAAAAUGCUAAGGCCAAGAAGGCCAAGCCCAAGAAGGAUGACAAGAAAAAAGAUGAACCCAAGAAGACAGAAAAGAAAAAGGGGGACGGGUCCAAGAAGACUGAUAAGAAAAAAGGUGGAGGUGGAUGGUUUGGAGGUGGAGGAGAUGGUAAAAACAAGAAAAAAGAUAAAAAAGGUGGAAAAGAUAAGAGCGACAGGAAAGCGAAAGAAGACCGAGCUAAGUCUCCAACAGAAUCGCCUAAUGGCUCACCGAAAGGAUCGCCUAAACGCUCUCCCAGCCCAACCGGUGACACGUCGAGCCGAAAGUUAAGGUUUGACAGCGCAGUACGAGUGAAGGAGAUUCCAGAUCGCUUUGGAACACCAUCACAAACAUCGGCAACGGGCAGUCGUCCAUGUGUGUCACUACGCAGUUUUCCCCCAGAAGGCUCUGAGCUGGAUACCAGUACGAAACCUAAAUAUUCGGAUCCCUACUUUGGAUCCAAGGUGUCUUCUCGCAUUCCGUGUCCUAAGGAAUCAGAAAAAAAGGAACCCGAUCUGUACUCAACUAGGUCGAUGACCUUAGAUGAACCUGGUCCAAUUUUUAAUCCAAAUCGAUGUCCAACAUACUCCCGCGAAGAACUGAUCUCGCUAAUAGAAACCUUAGUACUGGGCAUCAAUGACCGGGAAUCACUCAAAACGAGAUAUGACGAAGAAAACACGCGUCUGGCCAUGAACGCUGAAUUCUACGCGGAUAAAGAACUAAAUGCUCGCUCAAGACUUGAAUGUCUGCGCAAUAAAACCAGUGAAAUAGAUAAUGCGUUGCGCGAAAGUGUCGAUCUUAUGAGUCGAAAUUAUGUACAACUGACAAGGGAGCGGAAGCGCAUUGCAGGAGCUAUAGAUCUGCGCGAAGACUUUGACCGGCAUCUCCAGGACAAAAUUUCAACUAACACGAAAUAUGUUCAGGAUUAUGCCAUAAUACUGGGGAAACUACAGGGUCUGCUGGAUGAUUCCUCCAUGGCCUGGUUACAAAGAGAAACAAUGUUGAGUACUGAAAGUGAAGCUCUGGAAAAGUUACACGGGUCUGUCGAAAAAGAGAAGCGAAAUCUGACAAGCGAAUUGCACAAAUACCAAGCGCUUUACGUCUCGCAAUCAACACAAAACGGUAAACUGGGAGAGGUGGUGGAACGCGAACUGGAACGCUACAUGACAAAGCAACAAGAAGUUCUGAAGUAUAACGAAAAGAGGGUCAAAGCUUUAGAAGGUUGUGUUCGUACCAUGCAGCUCGACAGAGAGGUCAUGUAUUCCGAGAUAGCCGAACAACGAAACCGCUUAAAGGAUAUCCUGGAAAAUCAAGUAAUCAAUCUCAUGAACAAGGUCCGUUACUACAAGGAUGCGCUGCGCGGCCUGGAAGAAGAGUUGAGCAAGGUCACUUGCAGAACCGAAGGGUUCUUGGCCGUAUCUGAUCAACUGAAAACCUACGUAAGACUUGUCAGCAAUAUCGAUGUUCUGGAUUUUGCCAAUAAAGUACAAUCCGCGAAAGCUGCCUGUGAUGAAGUUGAAACGGCAUGGCGAACAAAAAACUGUGAACGUCGAGAUUUAACCGACAUUCGCAGACUGUAUGUCGACCGACAGCGACAGAAGAUGCUGGCUACGGAAGAUGAGUACUUCCUUAUGGAACCGGUGGACGUCCCGGGAGCGGAAUCCCAUACCAACUUUCAGCGCUCCAUAGAAUGCUUCUUGCCAGAAGGUUCUACAUGUUACCCUAAGAGUGGUCCGGGUGAGCGACCGCCUCCACGGGCCAUCCAGAUGGAAAUCAUGCCUGCUCCCCCACCGACAGAGGCCCCAACAGAAGCUAGCUACAGGUCCGCUGGUGAAGAUAUGUCGACAGGGGGAACAGACCGGCCAUUGGAUGUCUCGCGUAACGACGAUAGCGCGUCCACUCGGGAUUGGGAUGCACGAUCUAUGGGGAAGAAAGUGAUGGGUGGUGUCAAAGCCGUUAUUAGUGUACCAAAGAAAACCGCGGAUGUACUAACAUGGGGUUUGCGGAAAUUUGGCAACUUGGCGCACUUGCCCAGUUUGCCGUUCUCGUUCAGUCACCAUCGCUUCAGAAAGCGACAAGCUGUGGGGUAAAUGAAGGGUAGGGUUUCAUGCUUUGAACUUUUACUGUAGGAGUUCUCAUUGUGCUCCCUCUCGGGUUGGCCUAUGGUCAUUGCUUCUUUCCUACUUUCCUAGUUUUCUCCUCUGACUGCUCUGACAUUUUGUUCAAUUCGAUCGGUUCUCCUUAGGGUUUGAAUUGUAACUUGGCUAAGUUCUUUUUGUGUUUGCUUAAUGCCCUUCUGUUAAUCUUUAUGCCUGUUGGCCUUCCGGAGUCUGCUGUCGUUGCUAGUUUUCAUAAGUAUGCUUGCGGAUUAAAG